GGUCUCACUCCGCAGCCGCCCGUCGCCCUUGCAGUCGUCCCGGGCCCUUCCUCCUCCAUCUUUCUCCUCCUCUUCCUCCCCGGAUCUUCUCCUCCGCUUAGCGCCCGGCCCAGAUUGACCCAAGAUGGAAGAAGAAAUCGCCGCCCUCGUCAUCGACAAUGGCUCCGGCAUGUGCAAAGCGGGCUUUGCCGGGGAUGAUGCCCCCCGAGCCGUCUUCCCCUCCAUCGUCGGCCGCCCCCGCCACCAGGGUGUCAUGGUGGGCAUGGGGCAGAAGGACAGCUACGUGGGCGACGAGGCCCAGAGCAAGAGGGGCAUCCUGACGCUGAAGUACCCCAUCGAGCACGGCAUCGUCACCAACUGGGACGACAUGGAGAAGAUCUGGCACCACACCUUCUACAACGAGCUGCGCGUGGCCCCCGAGGAGCACCCCGUCCUGCUCACCGAAGCCCCCCUCAACCCCAAGGCCAACAGAGAGAAGAUGACACAGAUCAUGUUUGAGACGUUCAACACUCCGGCCAUGUACGUGGCGAUCCAGGCGGUGCUGUCCCUGUACGCCUCGGGCCGCACCACGGGCAUCGUGAUGGACUCGGGCGACGGGGUGACCCACACGGUGCCCAUCUACGAGGGCUACGCCCUGCCCCACGCCAUCCUGCGCCUGGACCUGGCGGGCCGCGACCUGACGGACUACCUCAUGAAGAUCCUGACGGAGCGCGGCUACAGCUUCACCACCACGGCCGAGCGGGAGAUCGUCCGGGACAUCAAAGAGAAGCUGUGCUACGUGGCCCUGGACUUCGAGCAGGAGAUGGCCACGGCCGCCUCCUCGUCCUCGCUGGAGAAGAGCUACGAGCUGCCCGACGGCCAGGUCAUCACCAUCGGCAACGAGCGCUUCCGUUGUCCCGAGGCCCUGUUCCAGCCUUCCUUCCUGGGCAUGGAGUCGUGCGGAAUCCACGAGACCACCUUCAACUCCAUCAUGAAGUGCGACGUGGACAUCCGGAAGGACCUGUACGCCAACACGGUGCUGUCGGGCGGCACCACCAUGUACCCCGGCAUCGCCGACCGCAUGCAGAAGGAGAUCACGGCCCUGGCGCCCAGCACCAUGAAGAUCAAGAUCAUCGCCCCCCCUGAGCGCAAAUACUCGGUGUGGAUCGGCGGCUCCAUCCUGGCCUCCCUGUCCACGUUCCAGCAGAUGUGGAUCAGCAAGCAGGAGUACGACGAGUCCGGCCCCUCCAUCGUCCACCGGAAAUGCUUCUAAGCGGAGCCCUCCCUCCCUCCCUCCCUCCCGCACGUCGGGCCCGUGUCCUCCCCCAUCUCCCCGUCGUCCUCCCCAAAUCCGCCGGUAUCGAUGGUCCUCACCCCCUCCCACCCAUCCCCACCCCGGCAAAUGCGUCCACCUCAUGCUAGCCUCGUGAAACUGGAAUAAGCCUUCUCUCCAAACAGAGCCCACCCCGCGGGGAAGUCGGCCCAACCGGCGCUAGGCACGGACCAGCACCGUCCGGCCUUUCUGUUUUGUUUAUUUUUUUUCUUUUCCUUUUUUUCUUUUCAUUUUUUUUUUAAUGGUUUUGCCCCCCUCCCGUCUCGAAGCUGGGCCGUCAUCCUCUCCUCCGCCCCCCCGGAAAAGCGGGCUCACGCUUAGCCUAAAAAGAUGUCCACUCGCUGACCGCAAGGUUUUGUCCAAAAGAAGCGAAAAGAGCCUCACGGGUGGGUUUCCCUGCUUAUCUUGGGGGGUCUCCGGGGGUCCCUCCUCCCCAAGCUCGGCCCGGCCUGGGGUGGACGGGAGCGCUCGUUAUUCCAGAAUUACUCCAGGGGCUGGCGGGAGAUCGCAGCAGCGGUGAAGGCCGCAGCCCGGCCUGACCCCGCGAAACCAAAAUUUUGGUUUUCCGCGUCUUUGGCCGCGCCCCUUCACCUAGCAGAAGCUAGUGGGGAAAAUACCACACACAAAAACACACACACACACACACACACACACACACACGGGGCUGAGUCGCUCAACUUGAGUUGCAAAAAAAAGAGAAAAAAAUACAAAAAAGCGUCGGCAUCUAGACACCUGUAAAUUUCUGCAUCGUUUAAUUUAUGUAAGAUUUUUGUACGUUGCCUUAAUGUUCUCACAUGACAGUAGAAAAAAAAAAAAGAGACGAAAACCAAAAUUUGUAUGUCAUCCUAAAGUUGAGAAUUGUAUCGCCCAGGGAGUCAUGGUGUAAGGAGAAAAAUAAAAUCGAAGAGGAGAAAAAAAAAUAA